AUUCAUAUUAUUUAACAAUGGAAUACAAAUACAAAUAAUUUAACAAAAGUACAAGAAGCCGCAAUUUAGCACUAACCCUAAAACACCUACACCAAAAUAUCUUCAAGAACUAGCAGCCGCUGCCGCCACUGAGAUUAGCACCACCACAGCAGCCACCUCAACACGUGUGGAAAGAGACUCGGAGAGACCAACGGACGAGGAUGGGGGCGGAACGCAGCAUUUUCAUUUGGUAGGGAAAUAAGCGGCGCGGAACUUAGCAAGCAGAGGGGAUAUUAGAGUAAAGACAUUGUAGGUGAACCAGUUGGUUCAAACAGGGGUUGGACACGCUAGGUGAAGAGGUGGGCAACGAAAAGAGGGAUUGAGAUGAGGAUACCCAAACCCUUUUCACCCGAAUCUCACUCUCUCUCUCUCUCUCUCUCUCUGUGUCUCACAUCAAAGUCUGCAAUUCUUUUGAACUUCAAAGUUCCGAACCUCUUGUCUACCACAAGCUCCAAUCUCUCUCUCUCUCAUCAAAGUCUGCAAUUCUUUUGAACUUCAAAGUUCCAAACCUCUUGUCUUCCACAAGCUCCAAUGUCACGGAUUUCCAUAACCCAAUUCCACCGAGCUCAGAUCUGGACGCCGGCGAGGGAUUGAAAUUGAAGUCACCGGAGAAGAGAGGGAAUGGGAGUGGUCCGGAGUGAGAGUAGUUCGCCGGAGAAGAAACGGAGUGAGGGGUUGCUGGAGGAAGACAGAGCGUUUGGUUAGGAGAAUCAGAAGUGUUUGAUUGAGUUUCACUUAACAGGUGGAAUAAUUUUAUUGGGCCACACAAUUGUUGAAGGCAAGUAUUAUCCCCGUCAAUUAUUGAAGACAAGAAGUGUAUGGCUGAAACUAGCGACAGAACUCUCCCAUUAUUGAAUUCACGCAGUUAACACCGACCAGGAAAUUAAUGGAGUAUUAGGUGGCAUAGUCUUCCGAGUCUCUUGUCCUUUUUCAUCUCUCAUUUGCUAUACAUCUAUAUAUACAUCAGAAGUGUGGUCACUCUAAGUGCACCGAGUGGGAAUUUACUUAAGCUCAUUGGUAAUAGCUGCAGCUUACUUAUUUUUGAAGAUUGCCACUACUCGAUCGAGCAGAGUGAAUUAAACAUGGCAGUUACAGUUGUUUCAAGUGUAAUUGCUAAUCUUAAAGUUCUUAGUCAUGAUAAUUAUGAAGAUUGGAGUUUCCACCUUAAAACCUACUUGUUGGCUGAAGAUCUUUGGGAGGUUGUGGAAGAGACCUUUGAACCUCCUAGACAAGAAGAUGGUGAAGCGGAAUUUAAGGUUUGGAGGAAGAAUAAUGCCAAGGUUUUACAUGCAAUCCAUACUUGUUGCGGGGAUGAUACUCAUUUUAUUAUCCGGGGCAUUAGCUCGGCCAGAGUCGCCUGGGAUACUUUGGCUGAAAAGUUGAAGCCGGCCGAUCAAGCCUUGGAAAACACAGAGGAUGUGCCUUUGAUGGCACAUGAAGAGCUGAAUACCGGUCUGACGCGGAAUGAGGAGUAUUAUAAAGCUAACGGCGACUUCAACGAGUUCCCCCACCAUCAACCCUUGAUUGAUGCUGUUGCAAAAGGUGACUGGAGUUCUGCAAAGAAGUAUCUUACUAUGCAUCCCGACGCAAUCAGAGAAAGAGGUUCACUAUCAGGCUUGACAGCUCUUCACAUGGCAGUUUCAAUGGAAAACGAAUAUAUGGCGAAAGAAGUAGUAGAGUGGAUGACAGAGGAAGACUUGGAAAUAGAAGACGCUAAUGGUGUCACAGCUAUAGCUUUAGCUACGCUCAUAGGACCCGAAGUGGCUAGAUGCAUAAUCGAGAAGAACAAGAGAUUACUCUGCAUACCCUGCAAUCUCCAGAAUAUGAUCCCACUGAUCAUGGCUUGUCAUGGCGGCCACUGGGGAUUGGCUCGCUAUCUCUAUUCAGUUACUCCAUUGGAAGCUUUGACGUCGACCCAAGAUAACUGUCGGACUGGUGCUGAUCUUAUUUCCCACUGUUUUAGCUCCAAAGAACUGGAUAUUGCAUUGGAUUUAAUUCAGCGUUGUCCAAACUUGGCCUUUGCCACAAACUCUACUGGGAAAACACUUUUACAAGAAUUGGCUUGUAUGCCCUCUCUCUUUUUAAGUGGAACACGUCUCAGAUUCUGGCAACAAUGGAUCUAUAACAGUAUACACAUACGACAUGCUUCUGGGAUCCGUGAUGUUCGUAUAGAUGUUCAAAAACAAGCCAAUGACCCGGUUAAUGAUCAAAGGGAUCUCAUAAUUCGCUCAGUUAUGGCUUCACUGCGAGGGCUCGUCUCAACUGUCCGUAAACUUUUCGGAAUCGAUCACAUGUACAAAAUGAAACAGAUCCAUGUUCAAUCCCUUGAAGUUUUACAAGGCAUGUGCAAAAUGACAGAAGGUGUAAGCCUUAAACAAAUGCAAGGAAGUUCCGUACAAACAGCACUCUUCAAAGCUGUUGAACACGGGAAUGAUGAGUUUCUUCGUCAGCUGUUUACAGCAAAUAUCCUAGCCUUAGGGAUAUAUGAUGAAAAUGCAAAGGGCAUGUUUCAGUUUUCCAUUGAAUGCCGUCAAGAAAAAGUCUAUAACUUUUUCCAUGAAUUUAUCCGAAUCAUGAAUGUUCGUACUGAAUCCAGAGUAGAUAAGUUCAACAAUACUUUACUGCAUUCAGCAGCGAGGUUAUCCCCACCUGCACAGCUUAAACAUAUCCAAUGUGCAGCACUGCAGAUGCAAAGAGAAUUACAAUGGUUUAAGGAGGUGGAGAAACUUGUACCUUCCAAGUUUCUUGAAGUUGUUAACCAUCCAGAUGGCAUGACCGCCCGCGAUCUAUUUACUAAGAACCACAAGGAAUUGGCAAACGAAGGUGAAAGAUCAAUGAAAGCAACUGCAACUUCUUGUACGGUUGUAGCUGCUCUUAUUGUUACAAUCAUGUUUAUUGCAGUAUUUUCAGUUCCUGGUGGGAGCAAAGCAGGCUUUCCCAUCUUCCUAAAUAAAAGGAUAUUUAUGGUCUUUAUAGUUGCGGAUGUCUUUUCACUUUUUUCUUCCACAACUUCAGUCGUGACAUUUUUAGGAAUUCUUAACUCGCGUUAUGCUGAAGAUGAUUUUCUUAAAUCAUUGCCAACAAAGAUGAUGAUAGGCCUUUUCACCCUCUUCUCCUCUAUCGUUACCAUGAUGAUCGCGUUUUCUUCAACCCUUUUUCUUAUGCUGGAAGCAAAAAAGUGGAUAGUGUAUCCGAUGAUUUUACUUGCUAGUGUUCCGGUUGUCUCCUUUGUAUGGAUGCAAUUUUCUCUUCUUGUUGAGAUCUUCAUUUCUACUUACGGAGGUGGAAUAUUUUUGAUCAACAAAAAAAGCAAACCUUGGUCUUUCAGUUCGUCUUAAAUUGUACUCAUUUUGCGUUGAUAUUUGCUUCUGUCACUUUUGAGGAAGUUUUUAGGAUUUGUAUAAUGAAUAAUGAUAGAGGAUUUUUGCACUCUUUAUGUUUUUGGGCCUAAAGCAUGUAUAAUGUAUGUGUUCCGGAUUCUGUCACUUUUGAGUAAAUCAUACUUUUAGAAUCUCA